CCAAAAAACAACACUGAUUAUGUACGCAAGGAUAGUAGAUUAUUGAUGUACAUCGGUGAUUUCAGUCGACAACUUGAUUAUCUCCACAAGUUGAUCACCAUUAUAGAUGUUCAGAAUCUUACACAGGAAAAUGUAAGUUGUCUGAACACGACCCUGGUGUUCCUUAUGUUUGCCAACAGGAAGAAUCAGUUGGGACGUUACCUACAGGCAUUAAAAGAUGAGAAGGAAGGCAUGUUGGAGGUGAAUGGUUCAGUACAAUUCAUGACAAACUUCCGUGAUCUAUUACUCUUCUGGCAAGACCACUAUCUCCAUAAAGACAAGGACUGUAGUGCCUUAGAAAAGAGUUCAAGAAUUAGUUUUGAUUACUGGAAACAGACAGUUGCUACACUUGUGUGUGACGAUCAAGACAAUGAGUGUGCUAUUGUACAUUACUGUGUACGUCCGCCAUGUGAACGGACUAUUUAGUGUGUGUGUAUGUAGAUAAACAAAAAGUUAGUGUGUGUAAAUAGGCUUGGAUAUUCACUGGAUGUGGAGAACAGUGUAUGAAGAUGAAAUAGAACGGCAUCAAAUGUCUUAAAUGACUGCCUUGAAAAACAGAAAUAGAUUACUUGUGCUAUAUGAUUCUUUAUAAAGGUGAUGCGGUGCCUAGGUGGGAAGGGAGGAAAGGAUCGAGUUCUUGCUAUGCAUGACCAGUAUAUAUAAAGGUCAAAGGUCAGUAGUGUACAAAAGGUACAAAACAAAACACAACAGAUAGAAAGAAGGGAUAUAAAGUUGGUAAAAUGUCAGUGAUUGUGGUUGUUGUGAAAUGGUUUACUUGGAAACACAAAGCAAAUAUUUUAUACUGUGAUUAUUAAAAAAAAUUACUAUAAUAGUUUAACUAUAAACUGAUGUUAUAAGAAUUUUCAGCUCUGAACUGUCAUAAAUUUUAUAGUCUAAUAAGUUUUAAUAUAAACUAAAGUUCUUAAAGCUUUAAAGGGACUCCACAGAGGUUUUUUGACAUUAUGGGACUGAAAAUAUUUUUUCCAGAUAAAUGCACCAUUUGAUGUAGGUUUAGGCCAUUAUUUUUUGUGCAAAAUUUCAGAUUAUUCGAGCACUUGGUUUUUCCAGAAUAAUUAUUCAAAUUGUAAAAAAAUGACCCAAAAAUAAAAAGCGUUUAAAUGCUUUUCACUCAAAUUGGGCUGGAAAAGGCAUAAAAUAUGAUUUUCAAUUUAUUUCAAAGUAUAUUUUUAACAAUCUUUGCAUAUAUUUCUGGUUAAAGUGCCCCAGCUCAUUUAUGUAAGAAAUUCAAAUGUUAUGUUUUUAGGCUUUUAAACCUCAGUGGAGUCCCUUUAAACUGUUUGUUGCUUCUGAAGCUGUGAACUGUCAUCUUGACUUGUUUUUGUUACUUUUUUCCCAUGCUUUCUUAAAUUUUGAUCCAUAAUGUUUUAGCUUCAGCUAUGAUGUGAAGUUCAUUCAUUGCUUUUAUUGAUCUAUGAAUUUGUAGCUCGAUGUUUUGUUAAUUUUGUAAGUCAUAUUUUGUAGUUUCAAUGCUAAUUAAAUUGUGACCUUUGGUCCUUGCUUCCCCUGUAUUGAAUGUUCUGUUUUAAAUUUAUUUGCCAAACAGUGUUCAUUCUAUGAGUGGCACGAACUUGUAUAUUUUAUGAAAUUAGUCCUAAAAGGUUUGUCUAUGUGUGUAUCUCAUUAUAUAACAUGUAAUACCAGACAUGAAGCCUUGAUGCUCAAUAUAAAGGGAGGUAAUUUUGAGAUUUUAAUAUGAGAAAGUAAGUUUUGUUUGAAUGUAUUCAUACUACUCAAAAUUUAAGUCAUUGUAAAGAUGUGUGUUAUUAUGCUUGGUUGAGCAUAAUGGUGCUAGUCUGUUAUAGUUCCUGGUUUUACAAUAUUUAACCUCUCCUGUCAAAAAUGGCAGCCAUUUUGGGGCCCAGUAUACUAUAUAUAAUUUACAAAAUAAUUGAAGAAUAAAAAUACAUUAUAAACAAAUGAUUCAAGUGAAUUGUCAAAUUCUUUUACAUAGGUUAAACUGUUGUUAUAGCACAAAUAUGUUAUAGCACAAAUAUCUAAAAGAUUUUUUUAUCAGUUUAGAUGAAGAUGAAUUGUGAGAUUUUUUUUUAUCUUUUCUGAAGUAUGAUUUAUAUUAAGAGUAACCCUGAAAAUGGCAGCCAGGAGAGAUAAUACAUGCUAUGUGAAAAGCAUCUAUUGUGUUACUCUUUCCAUUUUUCAUAGCACAUUAUUGAUAAUGUCUUAGAUGUAUGUACCUUGCAUGGAUCUUUACCCUUCGAUUGGUUUUCAUGUCAUUUCUGUCAAUGAGACUUAAAAAAAGAAUAUCUUUAUUUUUUCCGCUUGAAAAAAAUCAUAAUUCAGCAAAUUUAUUUUUAUGAAUGCCAGGCAAUAGUUCCUGAUAUAUAUUUCUUGAUAUAGAUUUUCCUUUUUGUAUUUAUUAAUUUUUAGUAUUCUAUUUUUUUUUAUUUUAUUAAAGACAGAAUGUCUUGCCAUUUGAACAAAAUAUUAUCAAGUAGAAUUUCAACAAUACAGUCAAAUUCAUAUUUGCCUUAAAUAAAUGUGUUGUUUUUUAUGAGUGUGCCACCAGAUACGAAGUAAAAGUGCUAUUUUCAUGGGGUUCUACUGUUCUAUUUUGAUAUAGACUUGAUUAAUUGUUAUAAAGUAAUUGUUCAUUUUUCUAUAGCAAAGCAGUUAUGUCUUGCUAGCAUAUAUAUAUUUUGGUUAGGUGUAAACAUAAAUAACAAAAUAUGAAUGUAUAAAUUACACAAGUUAACUUACAUGUAUGCAUGAUGAAAUUGAAAAUCAUAUUAACAUUGUCUUACUUUAUCUGAUAAUAUUGAAAGUUUUAAUUUGUAUUCUAAAAUUUAACUAUAUAACUCAUUUUCUGAAGACUCCACUGAGGUUUAUUUGACAUGACGGGAUCAUUCACUCAUAACGUUUUUCCAGAAUAAUUAUUCUAAUUGUGAAAAAUGACCCAAAAUUAAAGGCGUUGCUGCUUAUCACUCAAGUUCGGCUAAGAAUAGCAAAAACAAACAAUUUUCAGUUUAUUUCCGAGUCUUUUUCUUAAUUUUCUUUUGCAUAUUUUUCUGUAUUAAGUACCCCCAGUUGAUCUGUGCUAGAAUUUAAAAUUAAUGUUUUUAGCCUUUUGGAUCUCAGUGAAGCUCCUUUCAUAAACUUGAACUGGCUCAACUUUAUGCUUAAAAAUUAUAGUAUACGUAGAAGUAUGACAGCAUUGUGUUAGUAUGCCAUAAACCGAAACAGACAAUGAAAUUAUUUAAAUCUUAAUAUCUAUAAUAAUACUAAUGUCCCUACAUCACGAGUAUAGAGUCAGGCCAGUUUGCUUGUACACACUGUAUCAUGGGUAUAUAGUAACUCUAGGCCAGUUUGUUUUCUUGAGCAGUCUGAUAAGAGUGUAUGCUGUCAAUAGCAAUAUUUUAGCAUUUUUAUAUCUGAAUUCCUUAAAAUAACAUUUCAAGAAUUGAAGCCACACAAAUAUUGUGAAAUAAUUUAAGAAAAAUUUAAAUACUUCCACAGGUAUGAGUGUAAGGGGUUCUUUAAUAUAAAAGGUUAUAAAUAUGUUGCCAGACCAGCAUUUGGAGUCUUGUGUAGUGCUAGUAUCGGGGGGUGGUACUGGGUGUUUUUCUUCAACCAGUACUGUUUCUAGCAUUUUCAGUGCAGACUUGAUGAAAGGGAGGUAACUUGACACUAUGUGUUAUUGUAUCCCUUGUCAAGUUUGGAUAUAUAUUAGACAAUAUUUUUUAGAGUAACUUGUUAUUUAUAAUGAUGAUUAUAACACUGGCGAUAUUACAUUAACUCAUUACUCUUUUUAAUUUGUCAUUUUCUCAAUUAAGUUUUUCAUAGUAAAAGAUAUUUUAUAAUAAAUUUGACUUCUUGGUUUUCUAUGGAGAGUUAUGUCCCUUUCAUAUUAUAGUUACUGGCCUACGCUGUGCUAUUUUCAAAACUUACAUAUGUGUGUUAUGUCUCAUUAUAUACAUAUAUUAUGUGUUUUUCUAUGUGUGUACAUAGUGUGUAUAUAGAUAUAAAAAAAAAACUUGUACAUAUUGUAUAUAAAUUAUUACCAAAAAAUAAUAAAUCAUGAGUGAAACAUUAUUGUUUACUAAGCAAAGUGCUGCAACUGUUUUUCCGAAAGUCUCAGUUGAUUUGAUUUAUAUUAAGUCUUCUUGUCUGUCAGCAUAUUGUGUACAUGUAUAUAUAUUGAAUGUGUUGGUACAUGAAAUGAUACAGCUCUGUAUCUCUAAAAAAAUCAACUUUUUAUCUAUUUCUACACAGAUUGUGUAAAUUCAUGUGUGCCAUUUUUUUUGGAAUUUAAUUUUUUAUAAUAAUAAGAAUAUAUUUGAUGUGAAGGCAAACAGUCACUAGUGGCAUUAUCAAAGAAUCUCAUUUUGUUGUAAAAUCUGAUUUUCAAUGAAUGAAUAGAAUAUAAAUGUAAUCAUUAAAGUCAUAUCUAGUGUGAAAUAAGGUCAACAAAUUUGGUCACAUAAAGUGUGAAACUAGGUCAAAGAAUUAGGUCACAUUAAGUGUGAAACUAGGUCAAAGAAUAAGGUCAUAUCAAGUUUGAAACUAGGUAAAGGAAUAAGGUCACAUCAAGUGUGAAACUAGGUCAAAGAAUUAUGUAACAUUAAGAGUUAAACUAGGUCAAAUAAUUAGGUCACAUCUAGUGUUAAACUAGGUCCAAAAAUUAUGUCAUGUUAAGUGUGAAACUUAAU